GAGGCCUAAAACGAAAAGAAAGGGAAAAUAAAAAGAGAAGGAGUAUAAUAUGAAUGCUUAAAAUAUAAUUUGCCCCCCCAUAAACCAUGUUUUAUUUUCAAGAAAACGGUUUCUACUCGAUCUCGUUUUACCUUGAAUUUGAUCUUGACACACCGAGCAUUUCAAUAGAAUUUCUGGUUGCAAGUUGCAUGUUCCGAGCUUUGCAAUAUGGCAACACCGAGCUUUGCAAUUGACCACACUUGAGGCUAUUUGAGUUCAAGUAGCAACCGAUUUGCCUUCAAGUAGAAACCGAUUUGCCUUCAAGUAGAAACCGAUUUACCUUGCAGAAAAACCGAAUUACCUUCCAGAAAGCCGAGUCUCGCCUUCAAGAAAACCACAACUUAUUCGCGCAGUCAGCUUCACCGGGCUAACUGCGCGAAUAGUUGUGGUUUAUUACAGAACCACAACUAUUCGAGGACCAGGCGAGGUUUGGUGGCAUUGCGUUUCAGCUUCGAAGGACUGAAAGUGAAAAGCGAAGGAUGAAGCAAGCGGAUAGCAGCAGGAGAUGCGACGCCCAGGUUAUGUGUUUUUCUCUUUCAUAGGUGUAGGUCGCGAAGGAAUUGGUGGUGGUCACGAGAAUAGAUUAUGUUCUUCUCUAUCUUCGUGAAUAGAUCAUUGGGCUUUCAUCUUCAUCUACGGGCGCGGUGUCUAUUUUUUAAUCUGCAAAUAAAAAACAACAACAGCUCGACUUCGCACACCGCUCAAUGAUAGCCGCGCGAUUCUGGACAUCGAUGGCUAUUCCGACAGCCAUCAUCUGUCUGCGUCGACAUCGUGUAAGCGGAAGUGGAGUGCCUGCGCCAACGUCGGAACGGGCGCCAAGGAGUAAGAGAAGGAAGAACUGCAGUGAAAAUGAUGAUGUCUGAAACAAGAAGUGUUUUGGAAAUGAGGAUGAUGAGAGAGAAGAAAGGAUCAGAGCUGCAAGAUCAGAAAGGAGCUGCUCAUGAAAAGCCAAGAAGUUCGUCUUGCACUUCGACUUCGCAUCCAACUUCUACUUGUGCUUCGGCUUCACUUUCUCUUUUUCUUUUAAAAAUUGUGCUCGGACAUAGUCAUGCGCGGAAUAUGAAUCUUUAGGAUAAAAAGAGAUCUUGGUCUUAGCUCGAAGAUCAACUAGAAGAUAGAUCCGUCGUUGCGUUUUUUUUGAACCGCAAAAGUUCUUUUUGCUACUUAUUGGCGGAGAAAAAGAUCUUCUCUGGAUCAGAUGUUUUUGCGAUGCAACAUGAUCAACCGCUCGCACUCGGCGGCCGCGGCGCUUUCGGUUUUUAAUUUCUAUUGAAGUGCGCUUUUUGUUUUCGUUUUCCAUUUGCUGCAAAAACAAACAUUGAAAACCAAAAACAAAAUGAUUCCGAAAUGAACUCUAUUUACUAUCUAUGAUUCGCGCUUCUACUUGUCUUUCGACAUCAACUAAAACUUUAUUGCAGGGAUAAAAAUACUCGCUUGAAAGUCAUUUAUUAUUCGACCCUCCGGCCAUACCAAAGGCAUACAUGGAGCCCUUCGCCAACUCCAUGCCUCCGGCUGGAAAAGAAGAUGCGGCUGAUGCCCCUGACCCUCCGUUGGGUGGUUCUGCGGAUCCACACUUCCCCUCGGUGCAAGCGUGGAUCAACCAACGGUUCCAAAAAAACCCCGAAGUUUUCAUGGACGAAUUUCGCUCCGAACUUUCCAAGCAUGCUCCGCACCCUUCGAAUCAGCUGCGGAGUUCGGCCCACCUGGCUUACCUCGAGCAUGCUAUGCAGGAGAGCGACAUGAACUUCGAGCGCGAUCCCUCGACGCUUGAUGAGCCGAAAGAUCCGGAAGCCGACUUUCCCCGUCUCAUCGCCAGCGAAAGCUCCAAGUUCGAGUCGUUGCGGUUGGUGUUGAAAGCUAAGACGAUCAACGAUGUGUCGGUGCUGCUGGAACAGGCCGCGGAGGACUUUCCGAACCACGUGAAGGACGAGUCGCACUUUCAGAAAAAGUCCUUCGUGCCGACCCAGUGCCCCACCAACAAGCAGCUGCAGAAGCACUACACCAAGUGGCGCCUCGAGCUGGACCCGUCUGCUGAGGCAAAAGGAAAAAGAGGUGCGGCAGAGAAGGAUGACAUGCCGGAGUUCGCCCUUCACAUGUUGCGGAAAAUAUAUGCGAUUGAAGUACGGUUUUUUUUUUAGUAAUUGACUAUGCAAGAUUGAGGAAGUGGAAAAAAGAUCUUGCGCAGUCACUGCGAAAGUGUGUGUAGAUGUGAAGCAAAGUUGUGCAUGAUAAUGAAAAUCUAAAUCAAUGAUUAUGAUUAUGAUCCGCAAUGCUUACAAGUGCCUAACUUGCGUUCCAGCGUGAGCGCCUAUGUUAGUGCGAAACAGAUUUGAGCGCGCGUGUGAUUGUGAGUGUGAAUGUGAAUGUGAUCCUCUACGCCUACAAAAAAUUCGUAAGAGAUAAUGGCAGCACGAUAUCAGUAUGACGCGCGAUGCGACGUUCAACUUCAAUCGCCCUAGACUUAUUGUCUUGGUGUGAAACUCUUUCGCAAAUCGCAGGCGGACUGUGUUAGCCUAUCUCUACUGAGACUGUUGCUUGCGAUUUUUCCUCUGGUAUGAUUGUGACUAAAGACCAUGCAGCUGUUUUUUUCAGGUCCAGGCUCCGACCUUGAUCUCGAAUACGAAAACAAAUGCGAAGUCACUAGCAUAGCUUACGCUUGAAACCAAACCUAUUCUGCUUAGAAAAUACAAAUACAGAUAGGAAUACAAAUACAAAACGAAAUUCAAAACGCACACACUCGCACGCACUUAAUUUAUUUUCGAUUUUGUUUUCAGGUGACUCACGUGGCAACGUUCGCACAACAGACCCAGGACACGCUGCGGAGAGUCUUCGAUGACCACGAGUUUUUCCACAUGCAGGAGAAGAGGAAAAAGGAAAACUCUGUUCCAGAGAUGUGGCGAACCGCGAUUGAGUGGUCCGUCUUCGACAAGUUGGAUUCGACGGAGGAGAAGGUGAUGUACAUCGGGUACGUCAUCGGGAAAUCGUCGGCAACCUCCGAGAAAAAACAGGAGCUGCUGAUGUCGCUGUUUUCACCCGAAGACGUGGCGUCGACGCUCCAGCGGGGGCAGUACGUGGGCAACUCUCCGUCCCGCAAGCGCACGCGGUCGUUCGAGCUCGACAACGACAAGACCUUCCGUGAAGACCGCGACGACCAAAAGAAAAUUAAGCUGUCACUAGCGCAAAAGAAGCACGCCCUCCGCCAGUUUUGCGAGCGCAUGGAGACGUACUACGGUCGUGCGCUCGACAUGGAUGUGCGGAAUGACAUGGAUGAGAUUUUUGGUACGAAAGCGAGUUUGAGUAAUACUUAUACUUUUGGUUGUGGCUACAGCUACGGCAAGAUCAACUUCCAAUGCUAUCAGUAGUGUGUGUGUGUGAGUGUAGGUGUACGUGUAUUCGGCAUAAGCGCUGAGAUUGACACGCACUCCUAGUCCCACCUACGGCUCUUUGGCAAAGAUGUGGUUUUGCUUUGCAAUACCAGCGCCAAGAGAAACAGCGAAACAGCGACUGACUCUUGUGGUUGCAAUUUUUGAUAUCCAUUUUGACGGAGCUUUCUCUUUGUCUUAACUUCGUUUCUGCACUACGACUACUUCGGUUUCGUACAUCAAGCUCAGCGAGCGUUCGUGUUGACUGGCCCGCAGAGCGAAGCCACCGCUUUGCAGUCUGCCCGCCUUCGUGGUCAUCGCGAUAUGUAACGCUGUAGCCAAAACAAACAAAACGCUUUAGCACGUGGUGCGAGCGCACACAACCACAAUAACAAAAACAGUAGCGAUUCUUCUACGUCUAUAGCUGUAGCAAAACGAUAGCGAAGCUUGUCCUUUUGCGCGUGCUUCGCUACACAUAUGAAAGUUGAAAGAGAUGACGCUCGAGAUAAUUUGCAACUUAAAAUUGAAUCUUCAACUUUUUUUCAGGUAGUAAGGAGCAGCGGAUCAAGGAGACCACGCGCCACGUGCAGAAAGACUCGUCGGGAAAAGCACUCUUCGUCGUGAAUUACGCGCCCGGACACCCGCUCCAGCCCGGCCAGGCCCACCCUGCCCCGAUCUGCAAGAUCGGACCGAAGAAAAACCCGGUACUGAAGCGCAGGAUCGUUGUGGUCCGCAUGGCCCCCGAUUCCACUACUUUUAAGAAGGACGGGAUGCUGAGCCUGGACGUUCUGAUCGGCUACGUGCGCAUGGACGCAAGCGGCAAGUUGAAGUGCCACAUCCGGCCCUUCAUCCCAAAGUCGCGGAAGAGUUCGGCCGGUUGGAAGUCUGUUCUGAGCGAGGUGUAUGCGAUGCUCGGCAACUACCUGCCGUUGCCGGGGAGCGACACCCGGCAUUUCCCAGGAGACCCAAUCACCAUCUGGUGUUGUCUCUCGGACGCGGGUCCAGACGUUUUGAAAGCGUACAAGAAGCUGCGGGUGUACUCGGCGGCCUGCAAUGCAGAGCGCGCAAAACAGAUUGCGCGGGGCGCGACGCAGUGGCUGUGUGAAACGUACAUAGUGCAAUUCUUUUGCCAAGCCCAUCAACUGCAUCGACUUGUCGGUGAUCUACAGGAUCUCGUCAAUUCGCUGUACCCCGGCUUCACCGAAGGAAUGCAGAAGAUUACGGAAGCGGGGAACAUGUGGUGCUUGGAUGUAUUGUACUCGAAGAUUCCGCAAUUUCAGCAGCACCGCUGGUUAUCGAUCUACCCGUGUGCCGAGCGGCUGAAUUGUUACGUCACCCAGAAGGCGCUGAUGAUCAAGCUGCUCUCUCUUGCCGAGAAAAACAGGAAGAAGGAAACGAGAGCUACGUUCAUCAAAGCUAAGAAAGCGGGAAAGGAUCCGGUGUUCUGGCAGGUGCUUGGGUCGUACACCAAAGUUCUCCGCGUCGUGCACGAGCGGUACCUGGGCACCAUCGGCGAUUCCACCGUUGUUCUCGGGAACGCUACGGUCGCGGAACAAGCGAAGCACCGCAUCACUGGUACGCAGGCAACCGAUUUCCGUCGUCUCUUCUCAGGAAUCCUCGCUAUUGCGCCCGAAGACGUGGCUGCCCUCCAGCUCGCGUUUUUGCUGUACAUGCGGUUGCCAUCGAGGGAGUUGCAGUUAUGGACCUUCCCUUGGGUCUUGACGUGGUUGUUGGAUCCGCGGAAUGCCAAGCUUGCGGCGGAAAUGUUUUUGGAAACGGAAGGCGAGUGUCGGGACGAGUUUCUGCAUUGGUUCGUCGAGGCUUACAAGACGGAGCUGGUGAAAUUGAAAGCUGAUGGCGUCGACGUUUCCGAAGCCUUGCAGGAGGUCUUGCUUCCGCUUAACGCGUUGUCGACACCGUGUACUCAGUUUACUGAGUCUUUGCACUCCACCGGGCAGCAGUGGAAGCGGAUCGCCCCCAACAUCAAACAGGAGCGGGCGGGUUUGCGCACGCAGAUUUCGCGUUCCGAAAAGCUGGAGUGGCCGGAAUACUGCGACUUGAUCGAGCAGUGGCGGUAUAGAAAAAACUAAGGUGCUAACUCGACCAAGAACAUGUAUUUAGAUUUUGACUCGAGCAUGGAUUUUUUGAUUUUGAUCUGCAGACUUUUUUGUGAACCAAAUGCACUUCCUGUUUCUCUUCUACUUCCACUUCGCAGUCAAAGUAAUCAUCUACUGCUACAGCUACGCCUUCAGCUUCGUCUCAUUUCCAAUUGCAAAAAAAACAACAGGUCAUACUUCGACUCCCGUCGCAAAAAGCUCAACGAUAGCCGCGUGAUGUUGGACUUCGAUUGCUACUCCGACGACCACCACCCGUUCUUGACCACCGCCAUGCAGGCCUACCGCGACAACAAGAGUAUCAAGCACACGCUCGAGGCGCAGCUUUUCGGUGGAUUUAUCCACCAAAAAACGCCGCUUGUGGUCCCCGACAUCGUGCGCCAUUACUUCCCGUGCGCGCCGGUUGUGCCGAAGUGGUAUGGAGGAAUGAAGACGACGCUGAUUCCGACCUACGAGAUUGCCAAUGGCAUUUUGAUCCAGAAGAAACUUGCUGGUCAGGCGUGUGGUGGAGUCUACUUUGUUUACUCGACCUCCGGCGAGAAGGGUCACGCCCAGCUGUGCACUUUCGUUCCGACCUCGGCCCGCAAGAUUCUGUCCUGCGUAAAGCCUGUUCCGAAGGCUAAAGCGAAGGCGCAGCCGAUGGCACUGGAAAACGGACCUUCGGAGUUGAUGAAGCCGUCCCCCUUCGGAAUGGGCGAGAACAUGUUUGUCAACCCGUUCGAAGGAAAAAACUACACCGCCAUGAAGGCUCUUCCGGAGCGCCUCGUGAACGACGCGACGAAAGAGAUAUUUGAGCUUUCGAUGGACCGCACCAAAUCGGUGACCAUCUCGCACUGGUGCAACCGCCUCGGCGGCUUGACCGCAAAGCUGAACCCGGCGUCGUACCUGAUCUUCUCCAAAGCGUCGGUUGUCGAUACCUACUUCAUCCAGGGGAAGUUAUACUUGGUCACCAAGCCCGAGCUUUGGGUGGAGGCCAAGAUCCAGCGGUCUACGAUUAUGCCCGAGAAGAAGAUGUUGGAGUUUGAUCCUUCCGCGAAGGACGAGCGCGUGAAUCCCGGAGGGCACAGGCGUGACGAACGCGACGUGCGCUGGAAGGCUACCGUGACGCCGUCGAUCGCCAUCCCGGAGAAACAGGUUUGCCCAGCUCUGGCGGGAAAGCGCGUCUACUGCAUCUUCCGCCCGGAUCAGGCCUGUUGGCACGGGCAUGUGUUCGCUUCCGACGAGGAUGCGGAUGACGAGAUCUUCGAGCCGAAGUCCUGCGGAAGUACCACCACCGGACGCUUCAUGGACAAGUACUCCGUGAUGAACGCCCGUGUGCGGUGCCUGAAGAAAGUCUGCGAAUUUGUUGGCUGCGACUACCCCGAGGGACAGAUUACGCCUGCCAUGGAGAACGCCGCGUUUGACCACAUCAAGCCGUACAUCUCCGCGACCAAAAAAGUGGACACAAUGGCAGAGGAUACUUCGGCUUCGGAGGGCAGCACGGACGACGAGAUGUCUGUUUCGACCUGAGUUUUCUUCUCAAGUGCCUGUAGGUCACUAGCGAUUCUGAUUUUUUUUCUGUUCAUAACCUUCGUGUGAUAUAGCUGUAGCGAGCAACUCCAACUUCAGUACCAGUACGUUGAUUCGCCAGUACUUUUUUAUUCACGACAAGAUAGAAAUACAAUCAUGCCGCUGCGUUCUACAUGUCAGUAAAGCUACGUACUCACUAACAGCAUGGCGAUAAGUGCUUAGCUUUUUGAUAUGGUUUUUACAUAUCACAUCUUAUGUUUAUGCGAGAAAAUCAUCGCUAUGCGCGUCGCCGGUGCUUGCAGUUUUUCACUUUGUGUUAGAUGUAGCAACACCGCGGUUGAGAUGCAAGCACUACUACGAACAGCAACAUACUUGAGCUUGCGACGGGUCGUUGAGCUUUAGUUUCAAAAAAUAAUUUGACAAAAGUCAAGCGGUAUUUUUGAGGAGAAAGUGAAAAAGCGUAGCAGCGGAGAAGUGCGAUGAGUGAGAAAAUGCGCGCAAUACAAGAGGCGUCUUCAGGUAGUCAAGCACUUUGUCCUCGGUCGUAUUCGAUCCAUUCCGCAACUCGGUCACUGAUAUUUUCGUUGUGCGAUAUCCAUUUCCAUACACCAGCUCCCUUCCAUGUACUCUUCGACUGGAGACUGUAACCGUUCCCCCAUAUGCCAACUUUCCCCUCAACAGACAUCAUUUCCAAGAGAAUUCGCAGUAGAUCCUCCAGCAAAAUACAACGCAAAUACAUGAAGUUUCAACCUGUGAUCAGCAAAAAUCUACGCGCGACUUCAUUACUUUUUGCUUCGCUUUUCAUCAUUUUUUGCUUGAAAUGCAUGAUCCCGAAAAUCAUCGUUCUGGAAUAAUUCCAUGAUCUGAGCUCAAAAGCCAUCACUUUUGGCAAAUAUUCGCAAAAUUAAUGAUGAAUUCCUGGAAUUUUCAUGAAAAGCCAUGGUUUUUGAGCUCAGAUCCUUGAAUUAUUCCAGAGCGGGGAUUUUGGAGGUUGUGAAUUUCUGUCAAUUUUCCAUGAAUUUCAUGUCAAACGCAGCGACAAAUCAUCAAUAUUUCAGCAAAAAUUCCGUAGGAGCGACAGUGUUUCUUCGUAGUUUUCUUCAGAAGUUUGUGUGAAAAUGCAGUUCGGAGCCGCCGUUCAGGGCCAACUUGCUGAGGCCUUGAACAUGCCGACUGAGGAGGAAGUCAAGAUGAUCGUUGGCCGUUGGCAGCAGGGACAGGUGCGAUACAUUAGUACUUUUUCCCUUCUGUAUGGAUGUGUUUUUCGUGAUGCAACAGUGUAGAACUCAUCAUGCUUAUCAGAUUUUUCUCAUGUAAUUUCAGAAAAAAUCUACAACUUCAGGUCUCCAAGAACGAGAUGAUGACGUUCGUCGAUCGCUUCCGUUCGGACAAGUACGAGCCCGGUGCGCUGGUGAGCAAGAGCAUGAUGCCCAAGAUCAAAGAGUCGUCGUUUAACCGGCUGAGGUCGACCCGCCACCGCGAGUUUUUAUAUCGCGAAAUGUGUCGCGGGAAUUAUGUAAUGAGGAGAUUCAUGUUCCUCGUGGACAAUGGCGACGCUUUCGAAGUGGUCGGCCUCAAUCAUAGUUGGCAAGCCGGAUUGAUGUACUUCGAGUCCCACGGUGAGAAUCGCUGGAAGGAACUCGGAUUCAGGUGCCAUUGUGUGAUUAAAAUUUGUGCUUCAAUAACCAUGCUCAUGUCUAUGUUUAUCUUCAUGAUGCUCUCCAUUAUUAUUUUCAACUUUCACCCACUCAUGCUUGCAUUCGUCUCGUGUGACAUCAUACCAAUACCUUCUCUCGAGAUACAAUUACAUUUACAAACUUACUCUCAUACAAAUCCGCAUGUAGCUCUUCACAAAUGAAAAACAAAAAAUAAAAAUCUCUCCAGGGCCUUCAUUUUCCACAACGAUUUAAUGACGAAACUUCCUUCGUUAUUAUCGUUGUGGAUUCGUUUAGAUAACGAAGCAAACACGACAUUAAAAACAGCCUUCUGUGAAAAACUGCAAGGAAUCAUGGAGCAGGUAUUUUUUUAAAUUUUGGCUUUGUAAGUGUGCAUCUAGUCGUAGUUGUUGUUGUGCUCGAGCUUGUACUUGGACUUGUUCUUGCGGUUGAAAAGUUUUGCAUACUACCACAUAUAUCAGCAUGAGUGUGAAAGUGAAACUGAACGUUUAGUCCACCUCGCACGAGCAAGGUGGACUGAUCGCCCACGCAGCGUCACAUCUGUUAUGCCUUGCAUGUCCGCAGCGACCGUCGACAUUGUCGUCGUCGCUGUCGAGGGCGGGUUCGCAGUAAAAGGGUCGCGUCGGCCUCGGUGCUAGCAUUUCACCUUUGUCGCCGCAAGACGCUGGUAUGUAAAAUCUCCUUCAUUAUAGCGAUGCAGCGUAUCGACGCUGCAGUGCCCCGUCAUGGCCAUGAUCGUGCGCAGGCUUGUGCCGGCCGCAUGUAGGUGGGUGCACAAGCUGCGCCUUGGUGUGUGGGACGUGAUGAUGUGGGCGGGGCACGACUUCUUGUGUUUCGGCACGAAGUCCUUGCGCACCUCCCGCGCCUUCUUUUCAAACGCUUCGUAGCCGAAGCUAAACACUGCGUCGGUUUUUUUAUAUCCGGCCGAGUCCAUGUAGUCUAUCAUGCUCUGCAGGAAUUUUUUCGUCUUGGGCAGUGGAUCUAUCGGGACGUUUUUUAGUUUCCCGCGGCCGCCCUUGUUGAUAGCGAGCUUCGAGUUCCCCACUCGGACGCUCGUUAGCGACAGAUCGCCGCGCUGAAGAAGGCGAAUGUCCAUUCCGCGCCGUCCGGUCAUAGUGGCCAAUAACCAACCAAGUUUGUAGAAAUUGCCAGCGUCCCGCUUUCGACCACUGCUCUCUGCAAGCGCAUCCCCAAACGCGAUGCAGUCUGGCAUCGCCAGCGAGCCGCUCUUCUCCUCGCCAUCAUCUAAGUCCAGAUCUUUCGCACUGUUUUUCGCCACCGCUUUCGGUGGUGCUUGUUUUGCAGGCGCUUUUCGUGCUGCCUGUUUUGGGGAGCUGCAGAUGGCCACGGCCUUUCGGUUCGACUGCUUCUUCGCGGUAUGUUUCCGAAAGUGCCCUUUGCCACCCGUGCGCUGGUACUUGGACUUCGUUGGCUUCUGGGCGGACUUCACCAUGUUGAUCUGUUGGGGUCUGGGCCAGGGUCGGGUCCGGGUCCCGUCCUGAUUUUAGAAUUUCAAACGCAGAUGUGAUGCUGAGGGCAAGUUCAGAUUCUGCCGCAGGUGUGAUAUUGAAUUGCAUAAAACAACGGAUCAUCAGCCACUACUUCAGAUUGCUGCCGAAUUGGAGGACUACAAACGCAAGCACCCGCAUGAGAAGAUCAACAUCCUGGACUUCUACCAGGUAGAUAAAUUUAUAUUUGUAUUUUUCGUUGCAGUUGCUGUUGGUGUUGCAUGCUAAAUCGUCAAUGAAAAUAAGCAGAGCGUGUUCAUGUGUCGCGCAUACUACGAGUACGACUUCGACUGCAAUAGAAUUCUUGGACGAUAAAAAAAUAAAACACAAUACAGCGCAUGUGCGAAAACAUCGUGUCCGUCAUGGAGAUCAACGUCUGCCAUCAAAUUCUGCGCGAGAUUGGCCUGGUGCCGGACUACUGGAUCACCGUGAUCAAGGAAAAGGGGACCACGCGCGACGACCCCCGCUACGUGUCGCUGUUCAAGUAUAUCUUGUUUUCUAUUUACUGUAUAUCUUGUACUAAGGUCACCUUUGCUUUCACCUUCGUUCACCACGUCGACGUUUAGAGCUACUCGUACUACAUACGCAACUACCUCGUCGUCGAAAACUACAUCUACAUGCACUACUCGGCGUGUAGAGUUGGAGACAAAAUCGCAAAGUGAGCGUUCUACUUAGGUAAAAAAUGCGAGCUAACUUGUACGGAAAACAUGCGUGCACUUAUGUGCUCAAUGCUGGUGCUAUCGCCUUCUGCUUUGCAUGCUAAGAGCAAGAUUUUCUAUUUCUAAAUGUAGUUGUAGCGGCCUGUGAAGUUUUUGCGAAUUGGAGUUAUUACCACGCUGCGACCGUGGCUCCGGCCACGCUGCGAUGUAGUACACAACACUACUCGCUGUUGAAUAUUUUCGCAAGGAGGCUGUAACGAACGCUAGUGAUCAGGAGCUGUAGGAAAGUCUUGUGAUGUGCCUCGGUGUGCGUUGCACUCUGCGUCCGCAGGGCGCGCGCCUCCACCUUGAGAACUCUAGCACUGAAGAUGGGCACUCUCGUUGUCAUAUGAAUACAUACUGCGUCAACAACUCAGCUGUACUCACCUACUACUACUUGCACUUCUUCUUCAUCUUCUGGCUCUCGUUCUGGUUCUGCAAACAUUUAUUCUUAUUUCAAUUCAAAAAUAUGAACAGGACCCGCCUGUUCAACUUGGGUUUGAAGUACGCGAAGCCGUCGCAUCGUUGCUUGACCCUGGCAACGAUCUUUCAUACGUUGCUCGGCAAAGGAGGAGUGGGAAUGAGUUUGCAACAAAUGCGUGAGGUAAAAUCGUUAGUCCGCGAUAAUUAUAUCCGCUCGGAGCCUGCGGAUUCGGACAAGAACAGAUUUUUGGCCUACCUCAUCAGCGAAGUGAUCCGCAACGCCUCUAAGCCUGCGAAGAAGAAGAAGGAAGAUAAGGAAAAGGAUGAAAAGAAGAAAAAGACCCAGCUGGCGAUCAAGGCGCCCGCGGCCCAGGACGACCCGGAGUCGAGCUCCUCCGAUGAUGGCGAAGACAUGAUGAUCGAUCGCGGUGCUGUCACCUGGGAGGUAUAUCUUUAUCAUUAUCUUUAUCAUUAUCUACAUUUCUUUUUUACAAUAACAAUGGGGCAAUGCUUCAACUUCAAGCGGAAGCGAAAGGCGACACGGCCAUAGAUCAUGUAAUUCGUUUUCGGUUUCGCACUAUCAUCUUUAUCAAUGUCGACGUCAAAGUCAAACUCAAAGAUAAAGAUGAUCGCGCGUGCGCGUCCAAGAGUGAAACGAAUGUCGCCCGCCAUUCCGCUUGAAGAUGUUGAUGAUGAUGUUGAUGUUGAUGUAGCUGUCGUUUUAGUAUCAACGACAACUGGCGCUGCAAUCUAAACGUAAACGUAUAUCACAGACCAAGGGCGCCAAGGUCGGUGACUACGUGUGCGCCAAGACCCCCGCUGAAGCGUUUUUGAUCUGCAACGUCGACUGGAGCUUCGGUGCCCGCAGCAAGGAGCUGAAGGAAGAGAACGCGGUGUUGAAAGAGUUGGAGAGCCAGUUCAAGUUCACCAUCGUCUUCAUCUGCGGGGAGAUGCCGGGGACUAUUGUGGUGCGGUUUGCCGACGUGUUUGAUACCUCUUUGCCGGCGUUCGGCGAGGGAACCCAGGUGAAGAUUGAUGUGGAUAAGAAGGAUCCGAAGAUCGGAAAGCUCGACGGUCAGUGCGCCCAGAUCAAAGGGAAGACCAGCAGCCCGGAAGUCAAAGCUUUGAAGGACUCGAUGAAAGAACUCACCACCCGCUACAAGGAAGAAAAAGCCGCCCUGAAUCGCCAGCAGAAGGAGGAAGGACACGCGCUGUCGAAGUCCAUCGAGGCGGCCGCGAAGGAGCGCAAGAAAGCCAAGGUAUUAUUGCUACAUAUCAACACCAUCUACUCCUUCAGUUUAAAGGUCAACUACAACUUCAACAUCGACACUGCAGUCAUAUACUUUGGCGCCAUGCAGUCAGAUACUUUAGUACCACGCAGUAGCAAAUUUUUAUGCACUCAUAUAUUUUAGUACCAUGCGCAUGAGUUCGUAUUGCAGCGCUGCAUUAUUAUUAUGCAUCAAUGCCAGCAUUUUUUUUCAAGUUCAAACUCAUGUUCCAGAUCAAUUGCAGUCCGCAAAAUUGCACUACAGAUCAGCAUCAAUGAGACCGCGGAGGCCAGCCGCCAGAUCGUCGAGAUGAAGGAGAACCAUGUCAAGGCGAUGAUGAAGAUCGAAGACCGCUACAGCGACAACCUCAAGGUCCUGCAGGACGCGUUGAAGGGUGCGGAGAGUGGCCGCUGGUUCGCCUUGGUCCUGUUCCAGAAGAUCACCCAGCUGGACGUACAUCCUGAAUUUGUUUGGAGUCUUGAUCUUGCUCCGCCAGAAUUUCGUGAAUGGUUGUUCGUAAGGUGGAUGCCAGUCGAAAUCCGAAGAUGGGGUCUUCCGCCUCUCUUCCACGAAUUCAAGGCUCAAUAGUUUUCUUACUCAGCACUUUCAGGGCGAAGUGCAGCUUGUUCAUGCACAAAAGAGUGUUGCUUUAUAGCGUUACCAUGAUGCGGCCCGCUUUUCAGAGUCAGUGCGUUACGGCUGCGAAGCUGUGCUCGCACUGACUAAAGACAAUCUUGGCUCAGACUCUAUUUUAAAUGCCAGUGAAACAGUUUAUAUGGGACCGCUUCGCACUACCACUAUUUCGCCCUUCGCCUGUUGUGUCGUGGUGCUGAGUCUAAGUCGCUACCCCAAACAACAGCAAGAAACUACAUCUAUCUACUAUCAUUUCAAGGGCUUCUUUUCGAUCAUUUUCACACACAUACAAACUAAAAACCACAGAUGCCGGCGGACUGCUUGGACUUGAACCGCGACUACUACAACACCUCCAUUCCGGCCGCCAGCCUCAAGUCCGGGGAGCCGUGGAUCGCGGAAGCCACUGUUUUGAAAAAAAUGUUGGUGAUUCCGAUCAAGAUUCCGGUGACGAUCGAACUUCGUUCGAAAACCUCCCCGAUGGCCCACAAGUACGCGACGGCGUUUGCCCGUGAGAUCGCCAUGGACUUCAAGCCGAACAAGUCGGCCCAGCAGAUCCGCUUCUCGAAGGAGUCGUUCACGAUCCGCGGCGUCACCUUCACCACCUGGUUUCCGACCGAGAUCAAGGAAGACCCGACCAAGAAGGAGAAGAAGGUUACCGCCAAAGCCGGCAAGGCCGUGGCCGAAGGUAUCAACGCGAUGGACGAGUACAUCGGACAGAACCCGUUCACCUCCAUGUACCCGGAGAAGAACCUGCUCACCUCCUCCGAGGCCGAAGACGCGAAUGACAAGAAGAAGGGUAAGGCGGGUUCUACCCGCGCUGCGAGCAGCAGCAGCUCCGCUUCGUCGUCGUACGUCCCCCCGGUGGUCGACUUCGUGAACAACCCGUUGGUCUCCCGCACGGGAGCGUUGCGUCCGCGCGCUGCCACGGAGGAUUUUGAGGUCGUGGAGGAACCCGCGAAGCGCAGCCGGUGCAACACCUUGGAUGAGUUCUGGAUGGUCGAGGAGAACGAGGAGUAGAUGUGAUUUGAAAAAAAAUCUUUCUUCGAUAGCUGUCGCAGUCCUUGCAUAUAUUUGAUCUUGAUCAACUAGCAUGGGCUCUAUGGUUGUACUGUGAGGUAUUUUUCCGACUGAUAGCGCUCCCGUGCAAUCAGUGGAAUUUGGAAUCACAGAUGUCGUUUCGCACUACAAAAUUAGAGUUUUAAUUUUUUGUUUUAGAAAAAAAACAUCGUUUUAUUUGACGUCGGAAGUGAUCCUUCGCGGAUCACUUUCGUUGUCAACACUUUCAAUUUUACCCAGAUCUCCAGGGUGUUGGAGACUGGGCUUUUUACUGUCGACUUCACAAAAAAUUUGAAUUUAGAAAUUAAAAUAUUUCUAUAGAAAUUGAUAGAUGAGUGAUGUAACACCAUCGCCAUCGCCUACAGCUGCUUUUCGGGAGGUGUGCGAUCUUGACAACAUCUGUGCCCCACCUCCCACACAAAUAAUUUUAUUUUUACAUUAUGAAAAUGCAAGGUCUUACUUUGUGACGUAUCUAUUCGUCCAUCUCUGUUUGUAUCAGGUAGUUACGAAAGUACAUCCGUACUCUCGUAGCUACUUGAUUUUUUACUGCUACUUCGAGCUCGUAUUUGAAAAAAAAUAAUUUUUCUUUGUAAGGGAAGAGGCUUCCCAACUCACCUGUCCGCCCCGCACUUAGGGGCAUCGUGAUAUUAUCUCUUCACACUGGUAUGCUGGGCGCUGCCAGUGUUUGUAUGGAACAUUCUUUUCUCUCCGUCCCAAACCAUCUCCAUCGGUUUACCUUUCUAUUGUUUCCUAGACACGAUGAACUCCAUGUCCAUUGCACAUCUACGAUGAACUCCAUCUCCGCGGAGGAACAUAUAGAAAGGUUGGACGUUAUGCACCUUCGGUUGAUCAUGUGUCUCUCUGCAUUUCAGAUUGACGCAUGAUAAAAACAUGAUGUGAAAGUUAGGCGAACUUAGCAUCAUCACUGAGCAUUUGUUUUUCUCGUGGUCGGCAGCAUGCACUACGAAAAACUUUUUCGAACCAAAGUUGAAGCAGCUGACAUUGAACACGUAGAAGGGAGGAGGAAACAAAUGGAAUAAUGUUGUUCUCCAACAGUAGUGCCGCAGAUCGAUCCGCGGUCGCAUUCGCCGUUAUUGUAUGUCGUUGUUCAUGGCCAAUAGUGGAUGUUCGCGAAUAGUUGUGGUUCUGUAAUAAACCACAACUAUUCGCGCAGUUAGCCCGGUGAAGCUGACUGCGCGAAUAAGUUGUGGUUUUCUUGAAGGCGAGUCUCGGCUUUCUGGAAGGUAAUUCGGUUUUUCUGCAAGGUAAUUCGGUUUCUACUUGAAGGCAAAUCGGUUUCUACUUGAAGGCAAAUCGUUGUCUUUUUGAUUUUGGUUGAAGCUCGGUGUAGUCAAUUGCAAAGCUCGGUGUGGUCAAUUGCAAAGCUCGGAUCAUGCAACUUCAAACCACUAUCACAUACUCAAAUGCUCGGUGUGUCAAGAUCAAAUGCAAGGUGAAACGAGAUCGAGUAGAAACCGUUUUCUAGUAAAUAUUACAUGGUUUAUGGGGGGGCAAAUUAUAUUUUAAGCAUUCAUAGAGUAUAAAGUUGAAAUUUGGGUUGGAUCCAAGAGGCACCCAAAGGCAAAGUCAGUAGAAGCUUCAAAUCAGGUUGCGCUCGCUCGCUUGAAUGUUGUUCACCCGUAGUGAGAUUGACUCAUCAGAAAAAUGCAAAUUAUCUACACUAAAAGCGUCAACAAAUUACUCGUCAUAGUGAUAGCGACAGGUGCAGAAAUUUACAAAGCAACAAACCUUCAUCUUCCAUGACCAGUGUGUGUCGAGUUGUGAGACGAGAUGAACGAUGAGAGACUUAGAUCUGGAGCAUUUGCAUCAGACGAUUAGAAAGGCACCCGACGCCAACUACAUUGUUGUCUAUGCAAAAAUAUCAGUAGAACACCAGUUUUCAGUCUUCACUGGUCUCGUUUUCUUACAAAUAUUCUUCGUCUGUGUUGUUGUCGCUGUUUGUUGUGUUUCUCUUUCCCACUUUUUAAGAUAUCUCUAUCACGUAUGCUAUGCUGCUCUCGUCACACUCACAUGCGACAUGGAAAAUAUGUGAUCUGAUCAAUCUAUACAGUUCAUUUAUCAAGCAUUUACAACGAGAACGAAUGCAACUGCAACCCCCGUCGUCGGAUGAGCAGAGGCUGAAUUUUUUGUCCAUCCUUUUUGAUAGCAUUUUUUCCAAACGAAACAUUCUAGAGGUAGGGAAAGCAUCGGGAGAGAGGGGCUAUCCGUUGGCUUUUCAAGACAAAACUGCGAUAGUACGAAUAACCACCUAUAGAUAGGGAGGCGGAUCGACACUCCCUCGGUGCCCGGGCCCGCGCACCGAUUACGGAACUGCACACAGACUUUCCUCGAGUACGACUACACAUCAACCGCUAUGCCGCAAGCAGUAAUGCUCAGGCGGGUGCUGCUCGGUUGCUCGCUGUCCUCCGCACACACAGCCGAAGCUCUCCGAAUCGACAAUGGAAAGGAGUCAAUAGAAACAUGUACAGCAACUACCAUCCUAGUUUUCUUGAUUCACAUAGAGAUAUUAAACGGUUUUCAUCUGGAGGUUUCCAUGACGCAUAAAGAAACCACCGAGGAUACGACCACUGCCUACGAAGAUUGAUAGAAAGCGCAAGCGAGAACAAAAUUAAUGAAAGACGGGCAUAAAUAACUACUCAAAGAGGUCGUAGCUAGAAAACGUGACAGAUGUCGAAAAAACACACAAUAAAUACACGACAGCAUUCCUGCUGACGCCAGGGGCUCAACAACCAGCGGAGUCGUCCGAUAACGCUGCGUCUUCACAGCUUGAUGCCCUCGUAUCAAAUGCAAAUAUGUCUGGGUCUGGAAGAGUGCAGAUUUUUGUCAUGCUGUUUUUGCAUGACGCAAAAGGUCUGUCGUGGAAGCCCUAGCAUCACAGAUAUCGAGAACCAUCCGCAAUGCCCAACUCGCAUUACAAAUCCCUCUUUUUAGUGACAGGAAGUGGGCACCUUUUACUGCCUAUGCAUGAGAGAUUUGUGUGUGUUGUGAAAUGCGCAUCACAAGUUCACAUCCUUCCAGACACAGACAUAUUUGCAAUGCAUACCUCGACCUCAACGACCAUGAUCUCUCGUUGCUCGAGUCACAGGCGACGAUCGAGCUGCAGGCAGCAGGGCCACCACCGGUAGAAGAUUGUCUGAUGUGAUUCUCCUCUGCUUUGUCUUGAUGCUUUUUGAAAUCAUCGUGGCCCGCAAGAAUUUAUUCGGCUCCUCACCGCUCGCUCUUCGCAAUUUUAUCGUCUUCAGUUUUUGUUUUCCCAAGUGAAAUCAGGAACGAGAUUACAUACGUAAGAAGGUAGCAAAACUACAAAAACUCUACAGAAGGAUGCAGACGAAACGACAAAGGCCAACUUCCACUUGCUUACUCUGCAUCAGCUCGCACAAAAGGCUGUCUCGCAAGGCAAAAAGACCCACAGUAGUCUGAUGAAUACCAAGCGCAAGGCGACUAAACAGGUAUAGAGAUGACAGGAGGAGCUUCACAAGAACUAGCGAAAUAUGUCGCUCUUGCUUUCUUGUUUGUACUGCUUAGUCCUGCUCGCAGUCAUAAACGAUUCUGUCACCUCGACGAUGGUGCUUUUCUUGAUGUUUUUCUGCUGGACAACCCAUGCAUGGCAUAAAUACUACUAGGAUCCUCUGGCCGUGACCGGGAGUUCGCAAGGGUUUCCGGAUCCGUACGCCGGUAAGUCAGACCUCGAGAUUGUGCAGGACUGGUUGGGAUCGGAGAUUGCCAAGGGCAUUGCCGCCUCGAGCAAUCCGAAUGCGACCCAGAACGCGGUGGCCCAGUCCAUGGCAUCCACGAUGAAGACCAUCGCGGGGGCGGCUGCCGCCGCCGUGCAGGCCGGUGCGUUUGGAAACAUGGACGAUAUGACGCGCAUGGCCGUGGUGGACAAACUGCAGGACAUUGCGAGUUACAGCGGGCCACCGGAGGCCAUCGCCGAAAAGGUUUCCGCCACCAUUACCGAGAUUCUCACCAUUGCGAAAAUGGCCAACACCACCACCGUAUCAAAUGUAAAAAUGUCUGGGUCUGGAAACUUGUGAUGCUGGGUGGCGUCUCAUGAUGAGGCUACAAAUGCUGGCUCAGCAUGACAAGUUUCUGAGCUCCUAGGUGUUUCCUAUUCUGCAUGACAAACUGCACUUCUGCAUCGAAAAAGUGACGCGCUUCUGCAUGACAAACUGCACUUCUUCUAUUCUGCAUGACAAACGCACGAAAAAGGUGCGCGGACUAAGGUCGGCUGAAGUGCUUGAAAGGGGUACGCUUCGGGGUUGCCCGUCAUCGUGUUAGGAUCAUCGGGCGUGAUCGAUAGACCCGCUGUUUACGUACUAGCGCACAACCGGCCACAGAAGUAAGCUCGCGAGCAAGUUUGUAAGACUAACCCGUCAAGGCCACACCGAAUUUCCACCUUGCUCGCGGGCUUGGAUGGUAAGGGGGUUCUGCCACACAUAGCGCCCACUGACCGCACAUGCGCGUAAGAAAUCGAUAGCGGUUCUGCGGUUGCGGUCGGGUGAUAGUUAGGAAGUGGAUCGGGUAUCCACCUAGGGGUAUUGGCAGAGGCUAAAUCUGUUCUAACGCCCAGGUAUUGGCAGAGGCUAAAUCUGUUCUAACGCCAACCCGCCAGGAGUCAAAUGGUUACUACUACUACUACUACUGCAUCACAGAAAAACGGAGCUCUUGGGUAACGGGCAUGACAGAUUUAAGAGUCAUGCCAGACAAGCAUGACAAACAUGAAUUCUUCCAGAGCCAGACAUUUUUACAUUUGAUACACCGCCGCACCGCCCGCAACUACCGACGCACCACCUCCGGCAACCACGGUGGACCCCGCCGCUAUCACACAGCAAAUCGUCAACAACGUCACCUCGGCUAUGAACAUGCAGGCAAACAACCAACCAGACGGCGUAAGCUUGAUUGUUUCUGUAGAAGAUGAAAAAAUGAUGUUUAGCCAUCAUGUAAAACUCUUUCUCUUCUUGUGCAUACAACACGAUCUAAAAAAGAAGUACAAAGGAGUCCAUUGCUCUCUAGGGAUGAAUGUAAUAUGAAAUUUUUGGUGCAAUGAGCGGGAACGGCCGGAUCCCCUGCCGACAGCUUUGUUGCCUGGAAGCUCUCGUCCACAACUACAACAUGCCAGGUGUGCAACGAUCCCGACUGUGUGACCCAGAGUCCGAUCUUGGCGGCUGCCAGCGGCUCUUCGACCACCACAACUACUUCGACCACCACCUCCACAACUACUACGACCACCACCACAACCACCACUACCACGACUACUACCACUACAACGACCACCACCACGACCGUCACCACGACCACAAUCGCGACCACCGCCGCCCCAACGACGGCCGCCGCAACAGCCGCCGCCACGACGGCGGCUGCCACGGCCGCUCCCACCACGGCGGCACCCGCGGGUAACGCGUCGGGUAACGCCACCGGCACGCCGCUCCUGUUGGAGGAGGGAAUGACCGAGGACGAUUACCCAAGUGACGCGGCCUAUGCGGCGCUGCAGGAGGACGCGGCGGCCACCGUGGGUACGGAAUCGGAGGAGGAGGUAAAAGACCUGCUCGAGAAGGCGGAAGACGCGGGCGGCUACUUGAAGCCGUGGGCCACCACGGAAAUCGGCAUGUACAAGAAAAAGAAAACCCCGGAGCAGACUGCCGUAAAGAAGGAGGACGUGCAGUUGCCGGUGGUCCCCGCCUCGCAUGUGGUGGAUAGUGGCAAGGAAACGGAGGCUGCGAAGGCAGACGAGGGGGAGAAGAAGCCAGAACCAGCUGCCACGGGGGAGAGCGAAAAGGCGGUGGUGUCCACCAUCCAGACUGCCGCGUCGUCGAGUGCCUCUCCGGCCGGCGUGCCCAAGCCGGCGAAAUCGUCGUCCACCGAGACCGGGGGCGGCCAUGCUGCUUCGUCCUAA